AGAAUUACAUAUAUACCACCAUGGGAUCGAAAUAUACUACUAUAAUGCUGAAAUGAAAAUAAAUUCAGAAUACAAGGUUUGCAGCGGCAAUGAAGACAAAGAAUGCAGCAAAGGUCAAGGAAUCGAUUUCAUUAAUGGCAUUAAAUACCACACGUCAUAUUUUGGAAUAGAUCUUGGAGACCACUGCAAAAACGAACUGCGAUAUCGACGCUCGUCCGAAGAACCUAGAUUUCCUGAUAAUCAUUGCAGGGUUAUAUCACUCAAGGAUGCCGAAAAGCUUGCAAAUACAGAAAUAAAGACAGUAACGGAGAGCCAGUGUGAUUUUGAGAAUGACUUUUGUGACUGGUCUCGUGCAUCGGUUAGCACUUUCAACUUUCAACGGCACAAGGGACAGACUGAUGCUGCAGGAAAAACAGGACCUCGAACGAAUUGUAAAGGCUCUGACGGUUAUUUCAUUUACGUCGAUGCUACGGGAAAUCCCGGGGAACUUGCUAAACUUCGUUCUCCAAACUUUCCUAUGGGACAUUACUGUUUUGAGUUCUGGUACCACAUGUAUGGAGAGAAUAUGGGUACUCUAAAAGUUUGGGUGUUUGCAAGCGGCAUGAAACGCAAACUGUUGAAGAAGUUCGCGAAGAACCAAGGCAAGAAAUGGGUCCGACAACGAGUGAACGUUGACUUGAACAAGGGACAAAACGAUACCAUACAUUUUGAGUUUGAAGCCCGAAUCGGAAAUAAUUUCGCCAGCGAUAUUGCUCUGGACGAUAUCAGCAUCACGCCGGGACGUUGCCUCUAGUUCGAAAGACGAAGAAGACAAACGAUUGCAUUCUACCUCAAAGGAGUCAGCACUGUUCCCCGCACUCGAUGCAUUUUUGACAGGUAUCGGAGGUCUGUGUCUGGUCGUUGAAUAUUUCAAGUCUAGUUGAUAACAAAGAGUGAAAGCAAGACGGUCAUGUAUUUAUAUAUAUCUGCUUGUUUAUUAUAUGUCACUGUUUCGCUCUACUCCUCAUCACAGCCUUGGUUUA